AUGGUCACAGUUGCAGAUUCCCUUAAAUUAUUCCUCAUUGUUAACUGCUACACGGGAGAAAUACCAGGUGUCCGUGGAUUUAUCAAAAUACUACAUCUACCUGCGACUGUAAAAAUCAAAGAAGAUACUCCUGCAGGAACUACUAUCUUUAACUUUUCUGUGAAUUCAACAAUCGAUGGGGUAGGACUGACUGCUAAAAUAGCCAAUAGCAAUCCAGUCGACAACUUCUUUGCUGUUUCCGUGGUGGUUGGUCUGCGCUUGGCGGUGACAGUCGUACAAGACCCAGGAUUGGACUAUGAAACUCAAUCUAAUUACGUCUUAUUGAUCUACGUUGAAGAUGACAAGGGCAACACAGACUUUCAAACACUUACAGUUUUACUGGAUGAUGUCAAUGAGCCCCCAAGAUUCCUUGAUAAUCUGGCAAACGGAGUCGUAUACGUUGACUUCCUGGAGAAUUUAGCCGUCGGUGCCUUGAUCUAUGAAGUUAAAGCGACUGAUCCCGACAAAGGUGACGACGUUCUCUCAUAUUCAGUCAACUCCUCGCUGGUUAUCAUUAAUCCUAGUGGGAAAAAUGGGGCAAUUCUCGCGGCAAAAUCAUUUGAUUAUGAGAAAGAUUUGCACAGCUUCAGUGUGAUCGUGACAGUGAAGGAUGUUCUGGGUCAUAGCAUCACAGGGAUUAUUGUGGUCAAUUUAAUUAACGCAAACGACAACUGGCCAGUUUUCAAACAAAAUGAAACAAGAUUUAAUAUUUUGGAAGAAAUGCAACCAAAUUCAGUAAUUGGAAAGGUCACUGCCUACGAUCUAGAUGACGAUAAAACAUCCAGCCGCUUGAUUUAUUUUAUGAGCUCUCCAAACCAAUAUUUCACCAUUAACUCAGUUACAGGUGAGCUGAUUGUAUCAGCAAUAAUUGACCGUGAUAAUGGACCUUUCAGAGAUGUUCCAAUCCAAGAGUUUGAGGUUGGUGCCAAAGACCAUCCUUCCCAAGGGCAUGUAGCUUUGAUGACCAUCAUAGUCAACAUAAGAGAUGUUAACGACAACCAACCCUUCUGUUUCCCACUUACUUACAGUAUUCAGGUACCAGAAACUACUGAAAAGGAUACAACAAUCGUAACUAUAUCCUGCAAAGAUAAUGACGUUGAUCUUGCAAACAGGCAGUUCACAACUUCGCUUCAACCUGGUCUUGGGACUGGCGGGAAAUUUGCUUUGAAUGGGAAGAACAGCACUACGAUUGUGGUUACUGGGGACCUGGACUUUGAAGCUGUUACCAAUCUUGAAGAUGACAAUGUUUACAUGAUGUUGGUAGUUGUCACAGACAUUGCCCCACCUCAUUACCAAGAUACAGUGACCAUCUACAUCACAGUCACACCAGUAAACGAGUUUCCUCCAACCUUUGGCCAGGCAUCGUAUACUUUCAACAUUUCCGAAUUCAGUGGAACAGGGACAAUAGUUGGACAAGUGUUUGCAGAUGACAAAGAUUUUCCACGGCUGAAACUCAUUUACUCGCUUGUCGGAGGGGGAAGCACACUGGGCUACAAUCAGAUGUUUUGGAUCAAUCCAACAUCAGGGGAUUUGCAUCUUGUGGCUCGACCUAACUAUGAGGCAACUGCUCAGUAUUUGCUGACGGUGCAGGCUGUUGAUACAGAUCCCAAGGAUCAAAAAGCUGCUACAACCACUGUCACAGUGAAUAUUCUACCAACCAACGACGAACCGCCCGACUGUCAGCCAAAAUAUUACUCUCUGGCAAUUCUUGGCGACACGCCCGUGGGAACGAACGUUCAAGGCUUCCAGUUAUCCUGCACAGACCUUGACUCGCCCCCUCAGUCUUUCCGUUACUUCAUAACUUCAGGUAACAUCAACAACCAGUUUAGACUAUCUCCGAACGUUGGAUCCAACAUCACCAAGCUAAUACUUGCUCUUCCAUUUGAUUAUACACACGGUGUUGAUAAAGUCACUGAAUAUAAUCUCGUCGUUCAAAUAACUGAUGACAACCUUUUUGCUGGAAGUGCAGACCGCAAAGUCGUGCAGACGGGAAGUGUAAUGAUCAAUGUCAGAAUUAUUAUACCGACACCCAGUACUCCAGAAACAACCACCACCCCAAAUAUAACCUACAUCAGACUAUCUCAAAACACCUACGAUGCAGAUGCUUGGUACAUACCGUUUGUCAUCACCUUGGGUUGUAUCUUGCUGCUUGGACUGCUGACAUAUUUGGCCUACCAUUUGGUUCAGUAUGUCCGCUCCUUACCGAAGUCAUCAAAGAUCAUGAAAAAGCCUCUGGUGGAUGAACAAGAAUCCAAGAUGAAGAAUCAGCACAGUGUGAUUGUGGAAAUGAUCAAGCGCAAUGCAAUCUUUAAUGGAGAAGCAGUUGAUCCAGUCACAGGUAACGUGUAUCAAUAUAACACAAACUCUGGUGCCAGACGUUGGAAGGAUACAAAGCUGCCAAUGCAGAAUUACGGGAAUGCUGGAGAUGAAACCCUUAUUGUUAAGUCCAACGUCAUCAAGACCAACGAGACGACUUAUACACCACAGGGCAACGUGAAGGAGGGGCAUGAAGGCAAGAAUACGCUGCCGAACAUGCCGAGUGACCAACCUUCUGCCAAACCCCCUCCUAAACUCGGGAAACAGGUCAAAGUUGCACCACAAAUACCAGCACCAUCUCAAACUCAAAAUUCUUUGGCUCAUAUUUAGGUUCAAUGAGUUUAGAGUUUUGAGUUUAGAGAUACAGAGUGGAGAAAGGCCUUUCGGCCCACCGAGUCCGGGCCGACCAACGAUUCCCACACACUAACGUUAUCCCACACAAUUUACUAU